ACAUUUUUGCAUAGAAAAAAUAUUAAAAGGGAAGAGAGAGAAAAAGAGGAGAGAGAGAAAAAGAGGAGAAAGUUCACGCUGUUACGUCAAUGGCGGUUAGGGUUUCCUUUUGAUCCCGCGAAGCUUAAUUCCUUCACUGUAAUUAAUUUCUCUCUCAUUCUCCUUCUUCACAAAAACCCUAAUCUCAAGGCCCCCCGAGGUUGAGUUAUGCCCCUUCCCUGCUUUUGAAUUUGAGGAGCUGAGAUGGGCGCGCCAGAGAAAUCACAGGCUAACGCCAAUUCGAUGCAGCGUGUCAAGGUCUAUCGUCUUAAUGAUGACGGGAAAUGGGAUGACCAGGGUACUGGACAUGUUGUUGUUGAUUAUAUAGAGGUUUGUACAUGUUUUGGAGUUAAUGUGGUGUGGAUAUUGAAAAGAAUAAGUGGUCAUUGGGCAUAUUACUGUAUUCAAAUGCUUUUUGAUGAAGACGACAAUGAUCAGAUACUUGUGCACCGCAUCAAUGCUGAAGAUAUUUAUAGGAAACAAGAAGAUACAAUUAUCUCGUGGAGAGAUCCAGAAUAUGGUACAGAUUUGGCACUAAGUUUUCAAGAGACUAGUGGCUGCUCUUACAUAUGGGAUCAUAUUUGCAAUGUGCGGAGGAAUAUGCAUUUUAAUACAAUAAAUAGUGAGCCAUUUCACAGCGUCAACAGUGAGUUAAGGGAGUUGCCUGCUGUACAGCUAUCCACACUUCCUAUGAUUCUUAAGAUUGUGGUUGACAGUGGCAUUACAGAUCAGUUGCGGCUUACAGAUCUAAUUUUAAGUGAUCAAGAAUUUGUUCGGAAGCUGAUGGAAGUAUUUCGACUAUGUGAAGACUUAGAAAAUAUAGAUGGCCUUCACAUGAUUUAUAAAAUAGUCAAAGGGAUCAUUUUACUUAACAGCACACAGAUUUUUGAGAGGAUUUUUAGUGAUGAAUAUAUAGUGGACAUUAUUGGUGCACUUGAGUAUGAUCCAGAGCUUCCGUGUGUUCAACAUCACCGUAAAUUCUUAAAGGAGCAUGUAAUUUUUAAGGAGGCCAUACCUAUAAAAGAUCCCUUUGUCUUGUCAAAGAUCCAUCAGACAUAUAGAGUUGGUUUUUUGAAGGAUGUUGUUUUGGCUAGGGUAUUGGAUGAGGCUACUAGUGCAAAUCUCAACUCCAUAAUACAUGCAAAUAAUGCCAUGGUUGUUUCUUUGUUGAAGGAUGACAACACAUUUAUCCAGGAGUUGUUUGCUAGGUUAAAAUUGCCUUCCACCUCUCCUGAAUCGAAGAAAAACUUGGUAUAUUUCCUGCACGAGUUUUGUACCUUAAGCAAGAGCUUACAGAUGGUCCAGCAGCUUCGGCUCUUUAGGGAUCUAAUGAAUGAAGGCGUCUUUGAUGUCAUCACCCAGGUUUUGCAAAGUCAAGAUAAGAAGUUGGUGCUAAUUGGAACAGAUAUCCUGAUUCUCUUCUUGAAUCAAGAUCCUAAUCUUUUGCGAUCCUAUGUUGUUCGGCAGGAAGGAAUAACACUUCUUGGACUUCUGGUUAAGGGAAUGAUAACAGAUUUUGGGGACAACAUGCAUUGCCAGUUUCUUGAGAUCCUUCGCAGUCUAUUGGAUUCAUGUACAUUAUCUGGACCACAGAGGGACACAGUUAUUGAUAUUUUCUUUGAGAAGCAUUUGGGUCAACUGGUUGAAGUUGUUGCAGAAUCUUGUCCUUCAGAAAGUAUGGUUGAUGCAAGCAGCAAGUUAAUAGGCUCUAGAAGAAGAGCUCAAUGUCAGAAUGUGACAAAGCCAGAGAUACUGUCCAAUAUAUGUGAAUUGCUAUGCUUUUGUGUCCUACAUCACCCUUACAGGAUAAAGUGCAAUUUUCUUCUUAACAAUGUGAUUGAAAAAAUUUUGCUACUGAUACAGAGAAGAGAAAGAUACUUAGUUGUUGGUGCUGUCCGUUUUGUUCGUACUAUACUUUCCCGCCAUGAUGAGCAUCUUAUAAACUAUUUUGUGCGGAACAAUGUUCUCAAACCAAUUAUAGAUGCCUUUGUUGCUAAUGGCAACCGCUACAAUCUGCUCCAUUCUGCUGUUCUGGAACUUUUGGACUAUAUACGGAAGGAGAAUAUGAAAUCAUUGUUGAAAUAUAUAAUUGAUUCCUUCUGGGACAAGUUGGUGAAAUUUGAGAAUUUGGCAUGCAUUCACUCUCUCAGAGUGAAAUAUGAGCAGUCUAUGGAUAAUGGUGGCACAAAAGAUGCUGCUAAUGUGGUGGAUCUGCGAAGAAGAACUGAUGAGCGUGCUCUGGAGGAGGAGGAGGAACAUUACUUUAAUGAGGACAGUGAUGAGGAGGAUGCAGCCUCUGCAUCCAUUCCACCUAAUCAGAAAAGGGAACGACAACCUAGUUUAUCUAAUGGAGUUGCUACAAGCUAUUCACAAACAAGUCCAAGGUCCGGUGGACUGGUUGACUAUGAUGAUGAUGAGGAUGAUGAAGAUUACAGGCCACCGCCAAAGAAGCAGAAAGAAGCUUCUGAAGAUGACGGGGAAAUGGAGUUUCUCCGGCUCAAAAGGAAUCUGCCUUCAAAGGACAAGGAAUCAGAACAUGUGAAGAAGCAGAAGUCAUUCAAGAAUACAAAAUCUAAAGAUAGUGUUUUUGCUGCUUUGUGUUCAACCUUAAGCCAAGCUGUGCUACCUGGUAACAAAACUACAAACAACGUUCAUACAGGUGGUGCACCAACGAUGAACUCAAGUGAAGACAAUCAGGGAGAGGGGGCAAAUGUUUCUACAAGUAGCUCUGAAAAUAAUAGCAAGGAAGCAGCUGAAGAUAACCAUGUAGAAAAAGAAACCGCAGCCUCCAGAGGAUUUUCUGAUCGCUUGCAUGGAACGUCAGAUAACAUACAAUUGAGUGGAGAGGAACGUCCAUUGGUUCCGCCAAAAUCGUCGCCAGAGAUGACCGUAAAUGGAUCAUAAGCUUUUAGAAUCACAAGCAGGAAAGCAGAUCAUUUGUUCCAUUUGACGUAUAUUGCUGUUGACCGACUGCCAAAGCAAUACCUUUGCCUUCAGGGGGUGAUAAAUUCUGAUUAUGAAUUCCAAUAUUCCAUCGAGGACAUGUGGAGAGAUAUACUGUACAGGCCACUACGGCAGGAAGACAUUAAUACAGCUGCGUGCGAGGAUCUGCUCUUAUCCUUCAGUUUCCUAUUUCAGGCUUUGAGCUUAGUAAUUGUUGCUUUUGUAUAACGUUUCCUCGGAGUAAUAAUCUUAUGUUUCUCUCUCCUUUCCCACCCCCUUCCCCUUUCUUUCUGAUUUUUAUCCCCCGAGCUCCUUUACUUUGAUAGCGCCUUGCAGAGGAUCCAGGAUGCGGGUAAGGGGUGAUCAUGUUAUGAUUUCCUUUGUCAGAGUUAGUUGAACUUCGUGAUAUAGGGCACCAAAUAUAUGCCCAACACAGGUUUUCCUAUUUUUUUUUUCAUUUUUGUCAUGGGGUUGUGGAUGUGACGGUAGUAGGGAUAUGUGCAGCGAGUUUGUUGGGUCAAUUUUUCAGUAGUGUUGUAGGGGUCAUCAUCCAUUGUAAAUGUGUAUUCAACUGUUACCUAUGCAAUGGACUUCUCUUGAUGAGUUGAUUCUCUUCCGUUGGAACUGGA